AUGUCUUCGCAGAUGGCGGCAAAUUUCUGGCUGUCCUCUCACUGCACUGAAUGGUUGAAGAAUGCAAAGGACGAAGACAACAACCCAGAAGUCAGGCAACGGAAGGAGAAGAAUCGAGAAAUCAUGUUGAGCGAUGAAGAGAUUAAGAAACUAAGAAUUCACAUGUCAACUUUUAUUAGCCAACUGGGAAGAAAUUUGCACGUCAAAGUGCGUCAGAGGGUCAUCAGCACGGCCACGGUUUACCUUGCAAGAUUCUACUACCACAACUCCUACAAAGAUUUUCAUCCUCAUCUCAUCGCAGCUACAGCUCUGUAUCUUGCUUCCAAGGUGGAGGAAUCGCCGGUGUCGCACAUCGUGUCGGCUUUGAAGGAAUUGCAUCAGACCAAGUGGCCCAAGGAGGAGAGCUACGACAUACGGGAUAUCGUGGAUGCCGAAUAUUUCUUGAUGGAGGAAUUGCGAUUUAAUCUCAUCGUCUUCCAUCCAUACAGACAGACUGAACUUUAUAUGAAAGACGCAAAACUUGAAUCUUGCGUUCAUACAGCUUGGCAAAUCAUCAAUGACUCAUAUCGCUUGGACUUGUGCUUGUAUUAUCCUCCUCACAUCAUUGCCAUUGCGGUCGUGCAGAUGGCUGGCGCUUACCACAACUACGACACAACCGAAUGGUUGAAGACCCUAAAAUUCCGUGAUGGACACGAAAAGGCAAUCCCGGAAGUACAAGAGAAGCUCUUGGAGUUGUACGAAGACUACAGCCAUCUUGAACAUGAUGAGAUCAUGCACAUCUUGGACAAGGUCCCACGACAUCCUCCUCUCGGGAAGGGGGCGUCUCCCGUCAUGAGUCCUCCUCCAGUAUCCACCCCAGGAUAA